CAUCGGGGUUUAGGUAGGGGAAUGGCGAUUUUAUUCUCUUCACAUAAUCCGAGUUAAAUCUGGUUUAAAAUCCUAUCAUCCUCUCGAAAAUUCACGAUGGGACGUGUUAUCAGGGGACAGAGAAAAGGUGCCGGCUCCGUGUUCAAAGCCCACGUGAAGCACAGAAAAGGUGCCGCUAAACUCAGACACAUUGACUUCGCAGAACGUCAUGGUUACAUCAAGGGAAUCGUAAAGGACAUUAUCCAUGACCCUGGCCGUGGUGCUCCCCUUGCCAAGGUGGCUUUCCGUGACCCCUACCGGUUCAAGAAGAGGACUGAGCUGUUCAUUGCUGCUGAGGGCAUCCACACCGGACAGUUCAUCUACUGUGGCAAGAAAGCCCAGCUGAACAUUGGUAAUGUUCUGCCUGUGGGCACCAUGCCUGAGGGAACCAUCAUCUGCUGCCUGGAGGAGAAACCUGGCGACAGGGGCAAGCUGGCCAGAGCGUCUGGGAACUACGCCACAGUCAUCUCCCACAACCCAGAGACCAAGAAGUCCAGAGUCAAGCUUCCCUCUGGCUCCAAGAAGGUCAUUGCUUCUGCUAACAGAGCUGUCGUUGGUGUGGUUGCCGGAGGUGGACGUAUUGACAAGCCCAUCCUGAAGGCCGGUCGUGCCUACCACAAGUACAAGGCCAAGAGGAACUCCUGGCCACGUGUCCGUGGUGUGGCCAUGAAUCCUGUUGAACAUCCCUUCGGUGGUGGUAACCACCAGCAUAUUGGAAAACCCUCAACUAUCAGGAGGGAUGCACCCGCUGGUCGCAAGGUCGGUCUCAUUGCUGCCCGUCGUACAGGCAGACUGCGUGGAACAAAGACGGUCACGGAGAAGGAGAACUAACUCCCUUUACAAUAAAAUGUUCCAAGGAAGCUGA